AUGGAACCUCACUGGUCACUGGUUUUGCAGGAAGGAAAACAGGCAGUUAAGCAUGUUCCUCGCAAAGUGUUAACCAUUAAUCCACCAAAAGGAGUACAAGUGCUCAGUUUUUCCACCCAAUUUAAACUCCUCUCACACCUCUCAGAGGGAGCACACGCAUCAUUUGGAGAAGGUAAGAUGAAACAUUUUUGUUUAGAGAAUAGAGUUUGUUUAUUAAUUUUCUUUAUUAAUUGCAUGUUCCUAUAUCAUAAUUACUGUCGAGCUACAGUAUACCCACAGCUUAUCUUUUGUACUUUGGAGGCUUUAAUUGCAGCUAGAGGAGUUUGUAAGUGAUUACCAUGACCAUAAUUCAGAGUGAUUGGGUACUGCUACACAGCUACAAGAUAUUUGUCAGGCAUUAAUGAUGAAAUACGCUUUGUUUUUAGAUUAACCUAAAAAGAAAUUGACUUUUGCUUUCCAAUCAAAAGUGUCUUUCUUGUUGUCCACUGUGUGGGCUCAAAUGUGGCAUGUAGUGGUUUCAUAGGUGGUUGUGCAUUUGAGUGCACGCUGUUGCUCAUUUAAAAACUGCGAAAUCCUCUCGUAAGUGGUGCCUCUUUAACAAAGUGUUUGUCGUGCUAAGACCAGUUGGUCUGAAAUGCUAUGAUUAUACAUUUAUCCCGUUUGCAGGGGGCACAUGGCCGAGAGAGGAGCUACACCAAUGCUCUUCACAGCUCUCAUAUGGGCAGUACUUUAUACAUCUACACCAUGUGCUGGGACGAAUGUUAAAAUUGGUGUCCCUGAAAACUACGAUGGUAUUUUCCCAUGGUAUCUAACCAAGCUUCAAAGCCUGCCAUCUAAUUAUAGUGACCUGGUGGUAACAGGAGAUGAUGAGGGCAUAUUUGGAGUCGAUGCUCAGUUUCUGUACGCCCUAAAACCACUGGACAGGGAAAAGCAGCCAUCUUACUCUCUGCAGGUGUCCUUCAGAACGUCAGUGCAUCAUCAGAGCUUCAAUGUUGAAGUGUGUGUCAUCGACAAGAAUGACAACGUGCCUACGUUCAUAGAGGAGAGCAUGAGAGGCAGCGUGCAGCUCGGGCUUCUCAAGGGAAUACCAUUCAUGCAAGUGGAAGCGCUAGAUCGCGACGACCGCAACAGUCCCCACGCUGAUCUGCGCUUCAGCCUGAUGGAACAAACACCCAGGAUUCCCUCCAGCCAAAUGUUCUCCAUCCAUGCCGUCUCUGGGGAGGUUUCACUCACUGAGGAAGGAGCCUCUACUCUGGACCCAGAGAUGUGUGGUCGUUACAAGCUCUCAGUGAUGGUGAAGGAUAUGGCUGGGAGGGCGGAUGCCUUCUUCUCCGCUGGCAUUGUUACUGUUGAGGUGACAGGAAACACCUGGGCAUCACCUGACCCUGUACGGCUUCAGGAAAAUCUUCCGGGCCCUUACCCCAUACCCAUCUCACAGGUCAAAUGGAGUGGCAGUCAGGCAGAGUAUGGUCUGGAGGGGGAGUUUCCAGAGAUGCUCUUCACCAUCAGCAGAGAAGGAGUCAUUUAUCUCAAUGCCCCGCUGGACAGAGAGACACAGGACCAGUUUCAUAUCAGCAUUGUGGUUGAGCGUCCCGACGGUAGGGAGAUUGCCAAACCUGUGGAGCUGAGGGUGAUGGUGGGUGACGCUAAUGAUAACAGGCCCACAUUUCCACAGGCACAGUACCAUACUGUGGUGAAAGAACUGGCUGCUCGAGGGACAGAAAUCCUGACAGUGCAAGCGGCUGAUAAUGAUGACCCUAAGACAGACAAUGUACGAAUCUUCUACCGCUUAGUCGGACAAAUUCCAGAGAGUCCUCGUGCCCUCUUCAGAGUGGACCGUGACUCAGGGGUCAUCUCGGUCCAAGCGGAUAGUAUGGAGGGCACGGCACCGCAGUACACUCUAACCAUCACUGCUGAGGAUGCCAAAGGUCUGAACAGUUCCUGCACUGUGGUUGUGACGGUGCAGGAUGAGAAUAACAACCCACCGGUGUUCUCCCAACACGAGUACGGACCCUUUCACAUCCCAGAGGAUGCCCUGGUGGGUACGACAGUGACAGCUGUGCUGGCGAGGGAUGCAGAUGUUCGAGGUGGAGACAGCUGGCAGGUGGACUACCGUUUAGAGUCUGGAGAUGAAGAGGACGUCUUUUCAUUAGUGACAGAUAAGCAGACCAAUGAGGUCACACUUGUCCUGUCGAAGGUGUUGGACUUUGAGCGCGAGAGUGAGUACAUUCUCGUGCUCAGUGCCCAGAAUCCAGUUGCUUUAGUCCGUGGCCGGUACGGCCCCGCAUCCACAGCAACGGUCUCCAUUUAUGUUGACGAUGUGAACGAGGGUCCGAUCUUGUCUCAAAGCCAUUAUGAGGUGACUGUGAGAGAAGGGGAAGAACCAGGACGGGUUAUUGCCACCAUCCGAGGUUACGACCCCGAUUCUCACCCAAUAAGAUAUUCUCUUCAAGGGGACACCAAGAAAUACUUUUCAAUUGGGAAGUAUUCUGGUGAGCUAAAGACUGUGCAGGCCUUGGACAGGGAGGAGAACAGCACGUACACCAUGGAGGUCAUUGCAGUGGAUGGACGAAACUCCUCCCUGUCUGCAUCCACCCUGGUGACUGUCUAUAUCCUGGAUGUGAAUGACAACAGUCCAGUGCUGGUAGGAGAUUACUCCUGGAAGUACCUGUGUACACCUCGCUUAGAGGACCAAGCUUUGGUGCUUGCAUCACGGGACAGUGAUGGACCGCAGCAUGGAGGACGACUUAAUUUCUCCCUCCGCAGCGAUGUCACAGUUCGACGUAACUGGAAGCUAACACCUAUUAAUGAUACUCACACCAACCUGUCCUUAAAUAUCCCAUACCUGCCCCCUGACGUCUACAUCGUGCCCUUCACCAUCUCUGACAGCAGCUCUCCUCCCAGGAGCACCUUCAUACACUUGCCAGUGACUGUGUGCCCCUGCAAUGUCAGAGGAAACUGCAAAAUGGCUGCCAAGCAGCUGGAGGGCAUGCCAACUAUACAGUCUGCAGUCGGCAUUUUGCUUGGCACCUUUGCAGUCAUAGGAGUGAUCCUCAUUGUUGUAUUUGUGAGACUGUCCUACCAGAACCCCAAAGAGCCAAGCAAGACUAAUCAGGAGAGAGUUCCCCUUAAGAUGUCAAUCUAACUACACUGUAUUGUCCUACUUAUGGGACAAACAUGACAAUCUUGUUUCAGGGCAAUAAAUUCAUUACGUGACCGUGAAUGUCUUUAAAAUGAAUGUACACUUCACUUGCAGUUUUAAGUUCAUAUGUAUGCAAACUAUGUUUUAGUUUAGUCUAGAGCUCUGAUGUAUGUUACGUGCUUAGGUCUGUGCUUGCACAUGAUGUGAGUUUAUCUUCUAAGUUUGUCUGUCUUUUGUUAUUGCUGUAGAGCGGUUAAUACCUCUUAAAAUGGUGCCCAGUUACUGUAACAAGAAAAGUUACUAAUUGUGCUGGAAAAUCUCUCUAAAACAUAAGAAGUAAAAGAUAAUGUUACAUGAAAGAGAAACAUUUUUCUAAAAGGGAUUAUUUUGUAACAUUGAUCUUACGCUUUUGUAAUUUGUAACACGUUACUCAUUAUGUUAAACACAUCUGAUCAUAAAACUAUGAUGCCAUUUCUUUGAAUCUUAUAAAAAAAAUUGCUGGAAAUACAAAAGUGUGGGGAAAGUGUGCCUCUCAAUGCUGACAUGUGAUUUUAUGUUACUUAACACAUGAGUAGAAAUAAAAAAUGUUUUAAGUGCUGUAUAUCUGCAUAAUUUAUUUACACCCCAAUCCAGAAUGCAAUCAUUUGCAGAUCUUAUAGAUACAAAUUUUAUUCACAAUACCACAAAGAAAACAUAACAAAUCUUUAAACUGAGACUUUUUACUAUUGCAUGAAAAAUAUUAGCUCAUUUUGAAUUUGACGGCAGCAACAUGUCUCAAAAAUGUUGGGGCAGGACAAUGAAAGUCUGCAAAAAGAGUGUAAAUACGUAACUAAAAAGCAAAAACAGCAAUCAGUUACAUGAUUGGGCAUUUCAGAGAGGCAAAAAACUGCAUCUACAGAUUGUGGAACAAUUUCAGAAUAAUGUUCCUCAAUGUAAAAUUGUGAUGACACUGAAUAUCUCAUCAUAUCUACUUUACAUAACAUCAUCAAAAGAUUUAAAUAUUCUGGAAAAUUCUCUGUGUGCAAACAACAAGGCUGAAAAUCAGCAUUGGAUGCCUGUUAUCCUUGUGCCCUUA